UCCCUAGUCCCGGCGCCUUGAAGAAGUUUGCUCCAAGCGCCCUCUCUCUUGGUGGCGAUCGUCUAGGGUUCUUCGAUUUGUUGGCUCGGCGGACGCACAUUUGCGCUGCGUCGCCUUGUUUCCUCCCGGCUAGCUCGGAUCUUGGUGCUGGAUGCGGAAAUCCGGCGUUCCGAAAGAAUGUGAGUUGCUGGAUCGAGCAGGAUGUAUGCUGUAGCUCCGCAAUCCGGAUACGUGCAUCACAGCUUCGUCGAUUCACAGUAUUCCAAUCACAAUUGGCAAGCGGAUGUGCCAGGCAAUGGAAAUUCCUAUGGAUUCGAGGCUCAGCAUCCGGUCCAGGGAAAUUUCUCGUGGAAUUUCGGAGGAAUGAACCAAGAAAAUGGGUAUAGCUAUGAUCGCCACUACUCGCAGCCUCAAGUUUCCGAGGAUCCGGCUUACCAUACGCAUCAGAUGGCCUGGAGUUCGAGUCGGUCCUCCGCUGGAAGGCCGCCACACGUGGUCGUGGCAUUCGGUUUUGGCGGAACGAUGGCCGUGAUAAAGCCUUCUUCACAGCCUUUCCACGAUCAGCAAAGGAGCUCGAGCAAGAUCGAAGUCCACAAACUGCAGAGUCUUUCCAAUUCAGCACCUGGUUUGGACUUCCAUGCAGGCUUACAAAACGGAUCGAAGAAUGAGCUCUUCAAGUGGAUUGACGAGCGCAUCUCCAACUGUGCACGUGAAGAGGCCGAUAGCAGGAAUUUCGAAGCGCUUCCAUUGUUGUGGGAAGUUCUUAAAAUCGCCUUCGAGCACCAUGGGAAGCUACGAUCUGCUGUUGGUACUCCAUCAGAGGGGACUGGACCAGAGGCAGCCGUCGGCCAGGCAAUUCUUACCGCAAGUUCGUCUGGUGCCACGGAACAACAUUGCUUGCGGCAAAUGCCGAACAGCGAAAGCUUGCAGGCAACUUCGAUAAAAGUCAAAGGACUUCUACUCUCAGGAAAAACUCAGCAGGCCCUACAGUGCGCACAAGACGGCCAAUCGUGGGGACUAGCUCUUGUUCUUGCGUCUCAGCUAGGGGACAAGUGUUAUUCUGAUACCAUCUCAAAAAUGGCACAUCAUCAACUGUCUCCAGGUCCAUUACGAACUUUCAGCUUGCUUAUGAGCGGCCAGUCGGCGGAUGUAUUUGCAGAGAACGGCAAUCAAGGAAGCGGCAUUCUUGACCAUUGGCAUGAGCAUCUUGCUCUAAUGGCCACAAACCGGACGUCUGGGAACGAUGACGCGAUCACUCGACUGGGCGACGCAUUAUGGGGUCAGAAAGAACAGGUGGCGGCGGCGCAUUUGUGCUAUCUUUUGGUCGACCAAAAUCCCGAAGCAUUUUUCAGUGACGGAAGGAUUCGUCUGAUCGGCGCAGACCAUUGGAAGUACCCGAGAACAUUUUUCACACCGUUGGCGUUCAAGAGGACGGAGCUAUACGAAUACGUGAAAACGAAAGGAAAUCCCCAAUUUACACUAGUGUGCUUCCAACCGUACAAAAUAGUGUAUGCAACUAUGCUCGCAGAGGCUGGACAAACGGAAGAAGCUUUGAGGUAUACUAGAGCUUUUCUCAAAGCACUCAAGCAAAUGAACAAGGAUCCCGGCCUCGAGUCGAUUGCGAUGGACUUGGAAAGUCGCCUUGUACAGAACUUACGGGAUGGAAAGAGAACAUACACCCAAUUUGCCGGGCGCAUUCUCUCGAAUACAUUCGGCUAUGUAAUGAGCUCUAUCCCCACUCCGAAAAUAACAAGGUACAAUUCGUCCACAGCCAUACCAUCAGUAGAAGAUCAAACGAGCGCCAGCAAAGUUCCUGCUCGCAGCAUCUCCGAGCCUGAUCUAAGUCGACGAACCGAUGAGAACGCAUCAAAACCACCUCCCAAUGGUUUCUUACGUCGGGCUGGAUCGAGCAUGUUCCAAAGGGCUACAAGCUUCGUGUCGAGAGGCAAACAGGCAAAUCUCGAAGAAGACAACAUGCGAUUCGACGGUGCGUGCAUCGAGAGCACUGCUGCGAUGAAUACAAAUCUAGGACCGGAAGAGCACAGGGAGCUCCAAGAAGCGCGGAAGAACAGUCCGGGCCUUUACGUCCAGUGCAGUGACUACUACUCAAGGUGUGUGAAUUCGUUUGGUAGAGAUGGAUCACAGCUCGUGAAAUCUCUCAUCUCGCCGCAACUGCCUCCAAUCAUGAAAGUGUCCGGCCGCAAGCCGCAAGCCCAAAGAGUGGAAGUAUGAUUGGGAAAAUGAAAAUUAAAGGCAAAUUGUUUUAAACUGCUAGUUUUGAAUCAGCCCUAAAUCUAGAGUUAAAGGUAGCCUAAAAUCAAAGUAUUCUUCA